AUGACGCUACCGCAAAUCAAUCGAGAGAAAGGAUGCGUUAUAAAGUGGAAAAAGCAGACUGGGAUAGGCUUUAAAGAACAGCUAAGCAUUGACAUUCAAUGCUACAAACCCAAUGAUACAAUAGAUCAAGGUGCCGAGUCUAUCGUGGAAGCUAUUUCUUAUGCUGCUAAAUCUUCUAUUCCAAUCAAGGGGACACUCAGGGGUAGAAAACUGCCCCCUUGGAGGACCCCGGAACUGACUAUUUCAGGCAGAGAAGUAAAUAACUAUAGGAAACACAUGAACUACAAGACGAUAGACAGGGCAGGCUACAAGAUAGUCAGAAAUAACCACCUAAGUCUUAUAAGAUUAACAAGGUUCAGCCAAUGGAAGGAAUUUGCAGAAAGCGCAAAUUCCAACCCCUGGGGACUAUUGUACAAGUGGCUAAAGAAAGGUUCCAGUAACAAUAACAUCCAAACAUCUUUGAAAACACCGGAUGGUAAUGUACCAAGAACGACAGAGGGAACUGCGUGCCUGCUGUUAAAAACCCUCAUUCCCCACGAUGGGAGUGAGAUUACUUUAACGGACCAACAAGUUGGACCACGGGUCACAGUGAACCUCAACGCUGACGAAAUAAAAGACGCAAUAUGGAGAAUAGGACCAAAGAAAGCUCCUGGCAAAGACGGCCUAACAGCAGCAAUUAUAAGAAAGGCAUAUCCAAUAGUUAAAGACCAACUAACUCACCUUUACAGAAGAUACCUGAUGAACUCGACUUCCCCCAGGUGCUGGAAAGAUGCUAAAGUGGUGGUUUUGUUAAAAGGAAAGGACAAGGAUCCCACGGAACCGAAAUCUUACAGACCAGUGAGCUUCUCACCAACAUUAGGCAACGUACUGGAGACAUUGAUAAUGAAAAGACUCGGACAGGAGAUAAAAAAAUGA